AUGGCUAUUCUGCAUCUGGUUCUUCUGAAGUUCAAGCAGGAUGUCGCUGCAGCUACUCGGCAGAGAUUUGACAUUCGUACCGACACCAUCGUUCGAGUUGCUCCUGGAGCAAAAGAGGUCCACCUGUACUCCCACGGGAAUACGGCAAUACUGAGAAGUUGGGCAUCGAAAACAGGAAUUGCAAGGCUGAAAAAACUAGAAGCACUAUUCGUUGAAAUUUAUCCCAAGAUUGAAGAACUCUCUGGCUACAUGGGAUUUAUGGCGCAAAUCAACAGUCAUCUUGAGGGUAAGCUAAAGGUAAAAGUAGCCAUCUUAGAUGAUGGCGUCAACCUGGUCGAAAUUGAGGAGGAAAACCAAAAAGGGGAAUCCUUUAGUCCAACGCAAGAAUACUGGGUUGGGCCUUGCAAACACGGGACGGCCAUGGCGAAGUGUGUCCGACAGAUCUAUCCUAGCGCAGAACUCAUUAUCGCCCUGUUGGAUGAUUCACGUUCAAACGAUAGUCAGCAUCCCUUCACUAUUAGGUCAUGUACUCAGGCACUCCGAUAUGCUCUGAGAAUGGGAGCAGACAUUAUUUCCAUGAGCUGGAGCUUGGCGAGAGAACAAGAUUCCACAGACAACGACAAAGCCGAAUUCGAGAAUCUAGUCAAUGAGAGUGUCAAUCACGAAAUAAGUUGGUUCGCCCCAGUCGGUCUGGAUAGUGUCAUCAAGAUCUGCUCCGCUACUGACUAUGGCGCUAUUACCCAAGAGAAUCUCCAUACAAGACCAGACUUUCUUCUCCCGGGCGAAAAUGUUGAAGGUGUCUGGAAUGGGGUGCCUACGGUCCGAGGAAGUUCAUUUGCUACUGCCUAUGCAGCAGGACUCGCUGCCUUGGUGCUGUAUACACUCCAGGCCAACAAGAUAUUCUCCGAGGAAGAUGCGGAAGAUGAUUUUGAGGAAUACAAACUGGCAUUGGAAAUAGUGAAACGACAUCAAGGAAUGAUAAAGGUUUUCCGGAUCUUGGCCAAGAAAGAUGCGGAGGACAUAACAGCCCGCAAUUGCUUUAUCCGGCCGAAUUCGAACUCAAAGUGGAUGACACUUUUGAUGUGGACCUCAAAAAGCAUUUACGGAAAGUUGUAUCUCAAAUUGUUUCCCAAAAGGUCCUGA